AUGGCAGGUGCUGGUGCUACUGAGAAUCCCUGGGAGGAAGCCAUUUGUUCCAUCUGUCUGGAUUAUUUCAAGGAUCCUGUGACCCUAGAAUGUGGGCACAACUUCUGUGGAGCCUGCCUUACCCAGUGCUGGGAGAAGUCGGCCAACACAGAUGCCUCCUGCCCUUUCUGCAGGGAGAAAGUUCUGCAAAAGAAUCUCAGAAAAAACUGGCAGCUGGCUAACAUUGUCGCAGCAGUGAAGAACCUUAAUCCAAACUAUGAAGGAGAAAAGGGGAGAAAGCAGGAACCUCAGAAAAAUGACUAUGAAGAUGAUGAAACCUAUACAUCUCUGCUGGACAAGGAGCACCAGGAUCAUAGGCUCAUCGCAUUGGGGCAUGAUGCUCCAGACUGCAAGAACCAGGAAAAUGCAGAGAUGGAAAAAAUAAUAGGAGAAAUCACACGAGGGUGUUGGUUUCUGGAGAAGCAGAAUAAGCAUCUCUGGACCCAGAUAGAAGAGAUGAAGCAUCAGAUUGGAGUGAAGCAAAAUGACCAGGAACUUUCCUCUCUGGAAAACCUCAUCCUGAAGAUGCAAGAUGAACUCCUGCAGGUUGCAAAGAGCCUUCCGCAGAGGAGUGAGAAGAAGGAAACAUUUAAGUCAGUGGCUUCUCCUCCAGAACUGAGUUGGAAGAUCCAGGAGCUUUGUGAUCAAAAUCUUGAUCCAGCCACUAUUCUGAAGCAAUUCCAAGCUUGGACAGAGGUAGUGGGGCUUUUUUCUCCAUAG